UGGUCAGAAAUUUUAACUGAUAGCGAGUGAUUCCCUCGCUCAUGUUCACCCUCCGGUUUAGUUCAGUCGAAUAACAGACGCGUCUUGACGCGUUAAAACUUUAGGCGUCGCGACGGUUUUUUGGACGCUACAAGCGUCGAUUGUUUAUUUAUUUAUUUUUUAAUAUUGUAGAGUUGAGUGAAGCUUUAGCCAUGACAGAAGGUCCUACCGAACUAGAGCUGCGCAGACGCCACUUAAAAUCCCAACAGUCCACCCUGCAAACGAGAAGAUCGAAUGCCGUAUGCGUGCGAAGGGCGUACAAGAGAUACGGCACCAAAGACCACCCCAACGUCAUCCUGGAAGGGUUGAACAUGACGGUGCCGAAGGGGUGCAUUUACGGCUUGUUGGGUGCUAGCGGGUGCGGCAAAACCACCCUGCUCAACUGUAUCGUGGGGCGUAAAAGACUGAACGCCGGCGAGAUUUGGGUGUUGGGGGGUAAACCGGGAUCUAGAGGGAGUGGGGUGCCUGGACCCAGGAUCGGUUAUAUGCCCCAGGAAAUCGCCCUCUAUGGCGAAUUCUCGAUCCGCGAAACCCUAAAAUACUUCGGCUGGAUCGCCGAAAUGUCCAGCCAACAGGUGGACGCCAAACUGGAGUUCCUCGUUAACCUCCUGAUGCUACCAGACGCGGACAGACAAGUGAAGAAUUUAAGUGGGGGGCAACAGAGGAGGGUGUCACUAGCGGCAGCCCUGGUGCACGAUCCAGAACUAUUGAUCCUGGAUGAACCCACCGUUGGGGUCGAUCCGCUGUUGCGGCAAAACAUCUGGAACCAUUUGGUGGAGAUCACGAAGCACGGAAGGAAAACCGUCAUUAUCACCACCCAUUAUAUUGACGAAACCAGACAGGCCCAUUUGAUUGGGUUGAUGCGCGGUGGAUAUUUCUUAGCAGAAGAGUCACCGGAGCAACUGAUCACCCAAUUUGGUGCCGAGAGUCUCGAGGACGUAUUUCUGAAAUUGAGCGUCAUCCAGAAUAUGGGAAAGCGACGUAGAUCGAGUAUCCUCCAUGGCGUUACCGAUUCGAUCCCGAUUCCUGCGGGUGCGGUUAACGAGGCCGCCGUCCUGGAUGACGAAGUCGGCGAAAUAUCCGGGGAGUUUGGCGACAACAUUUCCACGUCCAGUCGGACGGCCAGACGGGUGUCAAUUGCGCCAGAUGCUACGGUGGAAACGAUCGUGUCCGAGGUGCCACCCGAUGACGAGCCCGAUGUCCAUUGGACGGAAUAUUUGAAGGUUAUCAAACCCUCGCAUAUGAAAGCGUUGAUUUGGAAGAACUUUUUGUGGAUGUGGCGGAAUAUUCCGGUGAUGGCUUUUAUCGUAGGUUUACCUGUGGCCCAGAUGGUCCUGUUUUGCCUCUCGGUCGGACACGAUCCCAAAAAUAUCGCCGUUUCAGUCGUCAAUAACGAAAUCAACUAUCCAAUGGAACGGUGCCAAUAUAAACCCGGGUGUAAUGCCACUUAUCUCAGUUGUAACUUCUUGGACUACGUAGUGCAUAAUUAUUCUAUAAUACUGAAAUAUUACGCGACCGAGGGAGAGGCACGUAGAACGGUUGAAAAGGGACACUCCUGGGCAAUGAUGGUGGUCCCAUACAACUUUUCCGACGCUUUAAGGUCCAGGAUUGAGAAUGGAAAGGAUACACCUGAAUGGGACCUAAAUAACACCUUUAUAGACAUAUACGCUGAUAAGUCGAACGAAAACAUCGCGACGUUCCUUACAAGGGAUCUGUACUACGGUAUCCAGGAUUACGCGAAGUCUUAUUUGAGGGAGUGCGAUAUUAACCCCAAAGUCUUCGGGAUCCCCGUUAAGUUUGAACGCCCUAUUUAUGGAUAUGGUGAGCCUGAUUUUACGGAUUUUGCUGCUCCUGGUGUGAUUCUUACGAUAAUCUUUUUCAUGGCGGUGGCCCUAACAUCAGGCGCGAUGCUCCUGGAACGUAACGAGGGCAUCCUGGAACGUUCCCUGGUAAACGGGAUCACCGGUACCGAGAUGCUGUUCUCCCAAGUGAUCACCCAAUUCGUGGUGAUGUUCGGGCAAACCAGCAUGGUCCUGAUAGCCGCAUUCCCGAUCUUCCGUUUGACCCAAAACGGUGACUACACCUUACUCUUUGCCUUGACUAUCAUGUCAGGACUAUGUGGGAUGUGUUUCGGUUUUGUCGUGGCAGUUUGCUGCGAGAACGAACGUUCCGCUACUUAUAUGGCUUUGGGUAGUUUUUUGCCCAUAGUGAUGCUCUGCGGGAUUAUUUGGCCUAUCGAGGCGAUGAGCCCUUAUUUGAAGUGGAUUUCGGACUUUUUGCCUUUGACCCAAGCGACAGAGAGCUUAAGGUGUAUCAUUGCUCGCGGAUGGAGUCUUCGGGUACCAGUGGUCUACUAUGGGUUCCUCUCCAUAGGACUAUGGAUCGUCAUUUUUCUUACGAUAAGCAUUUUAUUCCUUAAGUUUAAAAAAGGGUAGUUUUAGUCCAGUUUACGGGGAUUAUUAUAUAUGUGAUAAAUCAUUAUUCUUGCCUUAAAAUUGUGUACGCUUGAAGGGUCGUAUGGUCACCCCAUAACAUUUUGUAGAUAUUUAUUAUUAAUUAAUAAAAAUUCUAAAAAAAUUA